AACUAAUCAACUGACGGCAGAGAAGACCAGAGCAGACAAACUUCUCUCCAGCAUGUUACCCAGGUGGCAAAGUCACUUUAUGCCACUAAUGAACCAUAAUGAACCAUCAAUCCAGUUUUUCCUCUAAGCAUUGCACUGUGGUGUUUAGUUGAUUAACUAGUGCAUGACCGCUCGAAUUGCACAGGUAUAUUGCAGACCAACUCAUGGCAGGGAAGUCAGUGGAGCCACAAGGGUAUGAAAUGGUGACUAUCUUCUUUUCCGACAUCGUGGGUUUCACUUCUAUGUGCUCCAUCAGCUCAGCCCUGGAGGUGGUCACACUACUAAACGACCUCUACAGCCUGUUUGACGAUACCAUAAAGCUCUAUGACGUCUACAAGGUGGAAACUAUAGGUGACGCUUACAUGGUGGCAAGCGGGCUACCCAUCAGCAAUGGCAACAAGCAUGCAGAUGAGAUUGCUACUAUGGCUCUGCACUUCCUGUGUGCCAUCAAGGUCUUCAAGAUACGCCACCUUCCCAAUGAGAAACUGGCGCUACGUAUUGGGAUCAAUUCAGGCCCAGUAGUAGCUGGAGUGGUGGGUACAACAAUGCCACGCUAUUGUCUCUUCGGAGACACUGUGAACACUGCUUCGAGAAUGGAGAGUAACAGCUUGCCUCUUAAGAUUCAUAUCUCCCAGAGCACAGCUGACAUUUUAACAGAGAUUGGGUCAUUUGCGUUGGAGGAGAGAGGAGAGAUUGAGAUGAAGGGUAAAGGCAGUCAGAAGACCUACUGGUUGAUGAAUAAAGAUGGUUUCAAUCCUAUUCUCGGAGCCCACAAUUCCCCCCCAAGCUCAACAUCAAACCAUCAACAGGGGUCUGGCCGACAGCAUCCCAAGACCAAGACAUUAGAGAGAAAGUGAGAGGACCGAUAUUGAUGUCCAAGCCCCACAUGACUGUGACAUCAACACUCGCCACUGUCAACACAUAACGAUUCAGAGAAGUUAAGGUAGUGCUUAAGGAACACUGUUUUUAAAAUUUGGCAGGAAACCAUGAGUCUAAAUGAAAGAUUUCACAUACCUGUCUGUGCAGCUCAAGGACUUUUCAAUAUUUUUUAUAUUUACUUUCUAAUAUUACUGGUACAUAAAAAGAUGGCGGUUGUACAUCGAUCCUCAAGCUUUUUGCAUUUGAAUGUGAAUAUAUUCAUUUCACCAACAUGGUUGGUUAUGAAGACUCUUAUACUAUGAUAAAGUGGUCAAAUUGAUAACUAAUAACUAAGUGUUUUUG